AUUCAAACGUGAAAUGUUCGACAAAAACACCGACUACACCGCCAGAUUCAUCCAAAGACAUUCAAAAACAUGCCAAUUCCCCUCCAGCUCCUACCUCUCCUGCCAAUUUCACCCAUCCCUAAAAGACCACUUGGUCACCCUCUCCAAAGUCAAUUGCCCUUCCACUUCCAAAUUCAACUACUCUGUACUAGAACCCCACGCCUCUCAAGACCCUAUCGCAGAGCCCAACCGAAGAGAAUUUUACCGAGAGUUCAUUAAGAAAAUUGAAGAAUUAAAGAAACAAGUUGAUGCAGGGCUUUUUGAAGAGGAAAAAUGUUUGGCACAAAGAGAGGAUAUCCCAGUUGAAGAGACAAAAUACCCGAGUACGCAUAAUUUAAAUAUUUCCCACACCUCCCUGUCUAAUUACUAUGUCAAAACAGAGGUUGAGCUGAACCAAGUAUUUCAAGAUUCAGAUAGACAGUACCUAAGGUCAGAUGAAGAAGAGCCCGAAGGAGGAAGUGAUGAUGAAAACCAGAGCAAAGAGUCUCAUAAGUCAGCAGAUCCUCCACCUGAACCUCUUUCAAUUAACAAUUUCCUCAAAAGUGGUAGUCAAGCCUCUAAUUUAAAAGAAGAAAAUAAGUCAAAUAUCAGCGACAAUCAGCUUUUAGAGGAUUCUUCACAUGAAGAUAAUGCUGCAGAGAUAGACGACCAUGGUAGAGGGAAUUCUUCAAGAAUAAAGCUUGAAGAGAACUCUGAUAAGGAGAUCACCCUUAAGAAAUUAGUCGAAAGAUCUGAUCCGAAGUUGUUUGAGGAGAAAUAAAUUGACAAAUAUAAUGAAGAAGAAAUCCCUUCCGAGUUUUGAAAAUCCACAAGAGUCCUUGCUUAAUGAAAAUGCAGCUCAAGAGUCUAGUCCAAGGCAACUUGAAGAGAACAAGAACGAUUCUUCAGAAGAAGAUGCCAUAGAAGAGACUAAAGAUGAUAAAGGAAGUAAUGACGGCGAGGGAGAAGAUCAAGAGGAUCCUAAAGAAAAUAAUGAGCAACCAAUAAUUUCUCCAUUUGACCUAACACCAGAGGAAAAAGAAAAUCUAGAGUUGGCUGAAAAGGCUAAGAAUCUUUAUAAAGAAUCCGAGUCAUUUCCAAAAGAAGCAAGGCAACGAAUUCUUGAUGAAGUAUUUGAUAAAAUAUACGAAGAGAACUAUGCUCCUGUUCUACUAUACAGGUCUUCUUCCACAUCACCUUCAGUUCCAGUUCCCAUUGAAGAAGCUGACUUAAAGGAAGAUUGCCAAACUUUUGAUAAAGCAUACGUGUCAAAUAAUCGAAAAUGAAAUGAACUCUUUGAAGGGAUGUCUUACCGGCCCCAGAUAAGUAGACACCAAUACGAACUUUCUCUGUGGAAGGUUACCCCUCAAUGUGUUUCCCGUAUAAGCCACCGCUAUUUCAGCCUUAAAGGAGAAUUCGAAAAUUUGAAGAUUAUGAAGUGAAUCGAUGGAAAAGGUAUCUUCUUGACAGGGCAAAGAACUGGAGAACAGUGGAUGAAGAUGGUAGCAGUGGUCCAAGAAAAUUGGAACGAAAGUGGAGAGAAUGAAGAGAUGGAGUAUUUAGAUAAGAAGAAGAUCAGCCAAUUUGAAUUCGACUGAGAAGAUGAAGAAGACGGAGUUUACGAAGAAAGUGCUAGUUUUUAUGAAGAAACCCCUGAAGUAAAGGGAGAUAUAUCCUCUCUAUUUCCCACUGCAAAGAACUGUCCUAGCUUUGCCCUCUGGAAUAAAGGAAGAUAUCUUCUUACUGCUAUCACAAAGCCUGAAAGAGAGUGCCAUUCUUAUUAUUUAAUUCAUGAUUUGGAAAAAGAUAAGAUUGUAGCUAAAAUUAUCAGAAAAGGCAUCCUUCAACAUAAUAUGAUCUAUUCCUUUCAGCACGAUCCAGAGGACCCAGAUAUAAUAUGCAUUUGCACAUUUGGGCAAAGAAAAGUACAGGUUUUGAGAUACAACUGCAAAACUGAUAAAUGAACACCUCUUUCAGAGAACAAGAUUAGCUCUGAAGCUCUUGUCCCAGAAGAUAUUGUCUUAAGAGAAGAUCUUCAAGAAUACUAUAUCAUCUACUCUCUCAAAACAAUGGGAUAUUCUGGGUUCUCCUGCCAGAGGGUAAAGAUUGGAGAUAAUCAGCCUGUAAAUCUUGGAUCUGGACAGCCAAAGAGAAGAUUACAGACCAAACUAGGAAAAUAUUUCUUCGACAGAAAGAACUUUAUCAUGAUAAAUAAUUUUACUCAAUCUCGAACCCGGCUCGAUAUAUGUGGAGACAAAGAAAUUGGGCAAGAUUUCCUCUUUGAUUCAAUUCCUAAUGGGGAUGAAAUUAUAGACUGUGGGAUUAUUCAGGACUCAUGGUUACUCAGCUGCAUGAGAGAUGAGAAUUCAUUCAAUAUUAGAGCUAUCUCCCUUGAUGAAGAAGGUACUUGGAUCACACAUCAGAUCAAACCAUUUGAGAUAAUAUCAUACAAAAAUAACUAUGUUAGCAUCCUCAAAGAGCAGAGUGAGAUGUUUAAUAUAGAUCUAAGGGAUGGGGAAAUAAGCUAUCUCAGGUUGAGAAGUCCUUUAGUCCUUUCCUCGAAUAUGGAGCAGUAUAAAGAUAUCGCGGGGGUGGUCCCAUACCUUAUUGAUCUUGGAUCUAAGCUAUUAUACAUUACUGUUUACUUCGAGUAUCAAGGUUUCCAGAUAUCAUUUUCCCCAAUGCAGUUAGAAAAGAAGAAUCUUCCUGUUGCAAAACUCACUGGAGUUUUUGCGUCAAUAGACUUUAAGUUUGCAGGAAAUGAGAAUGAAGAAACAACAGUCCUUACCGAGUUCAUAAAGUGUAAUAUCAACUAUUCUUCAAAAAUACUGCAUUGGCAAUCCUUGAUUAAAAUUGAUAACAGGAGGACCCUAGAACUUGAUAGAGAUGAUUCAAAUUUUAAGACUAAUAUUUUCCAUAUAAUGGACAGAGGCCUUGUGUUGUGGAAGAAAGGCGGCAAGAGAGUCCAGUUUCAUAGCAAACCAAUAAAUCUUGAAGAUUCUAAAGAAUCAAAAACUAUUUAUAUCUCUCAAGAAGUCAUCUUUGAAAUGACUAUGGCUAACAAUUCUUAUCAAACUGAAAUUUAUCUCUGUGAUGAGCCUAAUUUUGUCAAGAGUUGCACUCUAUCGGAUGGUAAAGAUAUCCAGAUAGAUAUUGUUGAAGAUUUCUUUGUUGGAAACCACUUCCAAAUCCCUCAAGAAGGAUUUAAAGUUUGUAACAAAAUGCUAUAUCAAGGACUUAAAGGAAGUUUAUUACAGCCUAAAGAAACCAAAACAGAAGAUCUUGUUCUUUUCUGGGAAAUCGAAGAACACCAAAUUCCAACAAAGAAAGUUCAGACUCGGGUCCCACUGUUCUCAGAAAACACUCUAAUGUGGCAAGGAUUUAAUGAAAAGAAUGAUAUUGCUGAGUUGAUGAUUCUUCCUUGCUACAAUGAUCCCUCUUUUAAGAUAACUUCUCCGCCUUCAGGAAGUUACGCUGAGCAGAACUUCUUUUACCACAGUAAUGAUGACUACAUAGUUUAUCACUGGACUCCUAUAAAUUAUGGUACCCAGUACCCUAUUGACAUCGUGAAGGCAAAUGGAGAAAUAGUGCAAACUCUGAUGCUGGAUAAAUUCGAUACAAAAGGCAAACUUAGUUCAUCAUAUUUCUACUCCCCAAAUAUGAGAUAUGUCGCAACUAUAGAACCACAUUGGGAAGAGAGUGAUGAUUACUAUUCAAAAUUAAAAGAUAUUACCAUUAUUGUUUAUGAGUUCUGACAAAAUUCAGAGACAAAGGAGUUUUACCUGAAAGAAAUCAGAAAUAUAGACAGUGCAGUUGAGGAGCUUAGUUUAAAACUAUCCACAGAGUUCAGUUACUCAGAAUAUUACACUUUUUAUCUGAUGAAUGAUAAGUCUAUUGCCUAUAAAAGUGACUAUCCUGAUGAAUUCUCUAUAGAAGGAUUCUGCUUGAAUGAUAGCAUCCAGAAAGAACUGAAAAGGGAAGAAACUGGUUAUAUCAAAGAAGCUUUAUAUCCUAAAGAAAAUGGAGUGGUCAUCAGCUUUCAAGAGAAUGUAUACAAUCUAGAUUUAAACAUAGAUAACUCCUAUAACCCCUAUUCUAUUAAAAAGCUGAACUUUAAUAUCCAGGACCAGACUUUGAGUAUCAGUAGCAUUCAUCUAACCAGAGACCCGAAUUUCAUUGUGAUCAUAUUCUAUGAUACCUCUGGAGGGUACAUCACUGUUGUCUGGAACUUAAAAGAGAACAUUGAACAGUAUAACUUCUCUUCAACAGAAUGCCCAUGUUAUUUCUUCGGCAAAAACUCCAGAUUCGGAUACAUAUGGUGCUCUGAAUAUUAUGUCAAUCUUGAUUUAGGUUUAAAGAAUUUCUAUUUCGAACAUUAUUACUAUGGAGCAAGUAGCUCUAAAGGAUAUCUUAUCAACAAAAAGGAAGACCUUUUCUUGUCUAGUUCAGUAUUGAUCACUAAAGAGACAAUUGUGGAGGUGAAUUCCCUUGACGGAUACUUACAAAAUGGGCCAAAUAUCACAAAGAAUAACAUUAAUCUUGAAAGAAUUCGAUUCCAAGUAGAUAACAAUACUAUGAUUCAUUACUUUGCUCUUGAAUAUGACACUCUGACUCUAAUUCUUGAUUACAUGGAGCAACAUAAAGCUGGAUAUCUCACAGCUAUUUUAAUGCCAAACAAGAAUGGAAAAUCAGCUCUUGAUAUAACUAUUGAAAAAGAAAGCCCCAAGAAUACUGAAGCGCUAUUAAUAAAGAUUUUGCAGUUCAAUGACCAGAAAUUGUCACACUUGUUUGCUGACAAGUUCAGCCAAUUGGUGAAGAUGAACAUUAAAGCAUUCAACCAGUACUUGAACUCUUGUUUCUUCCAGACAAUCCAGAUGAAAAGUAUUGAUAACCUGCAAUUUAAGGACAAGUCAGACCCAGUUUUGGUUGGGCAUAACUGUUGUAUGAUUGAUAAUAAUCUUAUUGAUACUCACUGCAGCAACUUAGCAAAAAGAGUCCUCGAGCUUGAAAAGAUAGUCAGAGAGAAUAAACAGAAAGAAACUCUGGAACGCAGAGCCACGCUUCAGAGACAAAUAACUCAUCAUGAAGAGAUGAAAAUCAAGCAGAGUGAAGAUGAUGAGUUGCUUGAUGGAGAAGGGGAGAUCAACUCUCUCCAAAUGGUAGAUCCUAACGAAAUCUUAGAGAGUGAAAUAGACAUUACUCAGAAAAAGAAAGUGACCAAAGAAGAAGCCUUACUAGCAAAGUAUAAAAACAGACAAAAGAAAGUUAAAAUCAAGGGAAUUGAAUUUGACUGGCUCUUCUCAAAUAUCCAAGGGCCUGCCUUUUUCAAGCUUCUCAUUCAAUCACAACAGAUUGAGAUCUUUUCGAUUCCUUUGAUCAGAUACAUCAUAAUCUACUUUUGGGGAUUCUUCAGGUUCAGAAUAAUGAUAUUCUUAUUUUUCCCUUUCCUAGUCUAUUUUGCGAUCUUCCUUUUAUACACUACAUGGUUCCACAAGAGAAAGAUAGAGCAUAAUGAAGGGAAUGGAGAAGGAUUUGGACUAGCUUGCUCUAUCUCAGUGAUCAUUAUCCUCCUGUUCCUCAUAAAAGAAGCAUACUAUGAAAUAAGACAAAUGAUGUACCACAAGCUAAACUAUUUUUACUCGUUUUGGAACAUUAUCGACCUCUGAUCCAUGAUGCUCAACUUAAUAAUCUGCAUUAGCCAGUUCGCAGGAUUAGCAGAUAAAGACAUGAACUUAAUAAUGUCUAUAGCUGUGAUUGUGAUGUAUCUUAAACUAUUUUAUUUUGGAAGAAUAUUCCUCGCAACAGCUUCUCUAGUCAGUAUGGUUAUAGAAAUUACCAAAGAUAUGAAGUACUUCCUCAUGGUAUUCAUGAUCAGUGUGGCAGGAUUCGGACAUUGAUACAUGAUACUUCAGAACAACCUCGAGGGUGGAAUAUUUGACGGUGAUACAUACUGGAAUGCAUUCAUUUACUCAUACCAAAACAGUCUUGGAGAUUUUAACACAGACAAUUUUGAAGGAACUGAUAAAUACUAUCUGUACACAAUAUGGUUCAUGAAUGUACUCAUAGCACUUAUUGUGUUACUAAAUCUUCUCAUAGCCAUUAUGGGUGAUACCUUUGACAGAGUGAGAGAAAACUCUGAGAACAACAUGCUCAAAGAACUUGCUGCAAUUAUGUCUGAAAACGAGAUGUUAAUCAACAGAGAUAAGAAGUUCUCCCAGUACAAGUAUAUCAUAGUUGUCGAAACGGAUAAGGGUGAAGAAGCUGAUAUACAGUGGGACGGACGCCUUCAAAGACUUAGAGACUACCUUUCCAACACAGUUGAAGAGAAUAAUGAAAUUAUGAAAAAGUGCAAAACUAGCAUUAUCUCUAAGGUCAAAGAGAGAGCGGAGAAAAUUGCUGAUUCGAUGGAAGAGUCUUCCCAAAGAAGGAUUUCAAAUAUUUCUAGCAAGGCUGAUGAAAUUCAGAUGUUCUUAAGCAAAAUUUCGAAUAAGAUUGAAGAAAAUGUUUUAAAGACAAAAUAAGAUAUUUGGAAUUUCAAUAGACUUAA